UAUCUUUAUAAUUCUUUCCUUUCUUCUUUUCACUUUCACACUUUUACAAGUGCUAUUUUUAUUUCAUUUAGCUUUUUCCUUUUGACACAAAUAAUUAAGAUAAUGCUACCUUAUGAGGUCUUCUGUCACAUGGCGGCCUGACCAUCUGUGUUUAAAAGUAGGGUGAUUUGCAUGCUGUUAUGUUACUCUGUGUUGAAUACUUUCACUUCUGUAAAUGCAAGAAUGCUAUGUGAAGCUGUGUUUUCUUCGAUUGAUUCCUUAUCUGUAAAAGCCAAAUCUACAAGUAAAGAUGCAGAUGCUCUGGGUCAUGUUCGGGACUGGAUUGUACCUGUUUUUUGUACUGGAUCAACUGUGUUUGGUCAAAUCAAUGAACCCUAAAUUCUACCCUUGUGACAAUAACACAGACAGCGAUGGAAACAUACAUUUAGACUGCAAGCACAGAGACCUCACGGGCAUCCCUAAAUUUAAGUCCCCUUUUAUCAUCUCAUUAAACCUGGACGAAAAUCGUAUACAUCAAGUAAAAAGUGAUGAUUUCUCAGGUAUUCCAAAUCUUCAACAUUUAAGUUUGAUGUGGAAUUGUUUGCCUGGUCGCCUCAAAGCACUGAAAUUACCUUCAUGCCAAGUGAUUAUUGACCAUGAUGCUUUUGUUAAUCUAAAGAACUUGGCAUUUCUUCAACUGGCAGGAAAUAGCCUCAAGACAAUUCCUCUCCUACCUAAGCAUCUUGAGGUUUUGGGAUUAGAAUUUAACAAUAUUUUCCGGAUUGAACAACCUCUGGGUACACCAUUUCUCAAACAACUGCUUCUUGCCAAAAAUUGCUACUAUGCCAACCCCUGUAACGGAUCAUUUUUCAUUGAUCAAAGGGUGUUUCAGGAUUUAACUAAGCUUCAGAACCUCACCAUUGGCUUUAAUAAUAUCACCUCUAUUCCCAUGCAACUGCCACCCUCACUGGAAAGUCUAGACCUGAAAGAAAACAUGAUUACAGAGAUUCAGGAACACUCCUUCUCAAACCUAACUAAACUCAGUUUCCUUAACCUGGAAUGGAACUGCCAAAGGUGUGAUCAUGCAGCUAACCCUUGUAUUCCUUGCCCAAAUAAUUCAUCAUUAGACCUGCAUCACAAAGCCUUUUUUGACCAGAGAGACUCUCUUGUUAACCUUAGUCUACGGGGAAACUCAAUCUAUUCCAUUCCUAAAAAUCUUUUUGCACAUCUAAAGAAACUGAAGACGCUUGACCUCUCUGAAAAUCUCCUUGCCUUCAGCAUCCAAAAUGGUACAUUUUUUGAGGAACUCCAGGGUGUUGUUUCCCUGAACCUUCUCUAUAACUAUAUACCUCAGAAAAUAUUUUCAGAGCUGAUACUGUCACCCUCAAUUAGCAAAAUGAAGUCCUUGAGGAAACUUCAUUUAAGUGGGCUUUUCUUUCAUCGGUUGUCGAACAAUAGCCUUGAGCCUUUGUUCAACCUACCACUACUGGAGUAUCUGGACCUGAGCUUGAACUUCAUUAAUUCUUGCAAUAUAACUGCAUUUAACCAGGUGAGAUCCUUGAAAAAGGUUGUGCUUUCACAGAACAUGCUAACUAUCAACCCAUACUACACAGAAAGCUCUAAUAUAGCCCUGACACCGGAUGGAUAUGAGAAUUAUGACCACCAGCAGCUUCAAGACAUGCCUGCAUUCGAGUCAAAGCUCCAGAUGAACCUUUUGCAUUGCACUGAUGAAGAAUGUCCAAAACAUUUUUCCAUGUGGUAUUUCCAAAAGUGUCACUGUUAUAGAAAACUCUUUUUUGACCUAUCAAAAAACAAUAUCCCAUUUUUGAAUGUAAGUACUUUCAAAGGAAUGGAGAAAACUGUUUGCUUGGACCUAUCCUAUAACUAUAUGAGUCAAGCUUUAAAUGGCCAACAGUUCCAUCCUCUUAACAAACUGGUAUACCUCAACAUGGCACACAACCGUAUUGACCUUUACUUUAAAGAAGCAUUUGAGGAGCUAAGGAGCACACUUAAGGUUCUUGAUCUCAGCAACAAUGAAUUCCAUUUUCACAUGCGUGGAAUAGGGCACCGCUUUAAUUUCAUAAAGAACUUGACUUCACUUGAAGUUCUUAGUUUAGCAAACAAUAAUAUUGGCAUGCGAAUAUCUAGCAUUAUUAAUAGCACAUCUUUAAAAUGUUUGUUGUUCUCUGGAAAUCGUUUGGACAUCAUGUGGGACACCAGAGGAGAUCAGUACAUACGAUUCUUUCAGGGGUUGACAAACCUUACAUACCUGGACAUUUCAGACAACCAGCUUAGAUCAUGUUCCCCCCAAGCCAUAGUUAACCUUCCUCUAAGUAUCCGUGUGCUCAGGAUGGACUCAAACCUAUUGAAUUACUUUCCCUGGCCAAAUAUCUCAGUUCUUAGUCAUCUAUGCUAUCUGAACCUCAGUGGAAACUAUCUUUCUAACUUACCAGACAUUGUUAUUCACUUUGGCAAUAAACUUAGAAGCCUGGACCUCAGUCACAACCGACUAAGUGCAAUUCCAGAGUCUUUCUUUAGUCAGGCAACAGGUCUUAAAGAACUGAUGCUCAAUCACAACCAGUUGAAGAUCUUAGUGAUGCAUGCUGUUCCACCAUUAUUACAGAAUGGUAACACCAAUUGUACCAAUGCCAAGACCUCCUGCAAGCUAACACUGCAUGCUAACCCAUUUACAUGUAGCUGUGCCACUUCCUGGUUUACUGAGUUUCUGCGAAAAAGUGCUGUGGAUAUUCCACACCUCACUACAGAUGUUCGCUGUGGUUUUCCUGAAUCUCUUACAGGAGUAAAUGUCCUUACCAUUGACCCUCGCUCCUGCCAGGAGAUAUUUGGCAGUGUUUCUUUUAUCUUCACAUUCCUUAUUACUAUUGCAGCAACUGCAAUCCCCCUUUUAAGGCAUCUAUAUGGCUGGGACCUGUGGUACUGUUUCCAGAUAUUGUGGGCAGGACACAAGGGUUAUACUCCACUUCAAGGAAACAACAUGAGCAACCAACAUGAUGCAUUUGUGGUGUUUGAUACAAAGAAUAAAGCAGUGAGAGAUUGGAUCUAUAAUGAGAUGUUGAUUAACUUGGAAAGCAGAGGAAGAUGGAAAUUCCGGCUUUGUCUGGAGGAACGGGACUGGGUACCAGGAGUACCAUGCAUUGAGAAUCUGCAUAAUUCGGUGUACAACAGCAGGAAAACAGUGUUUGUGCUGACUAACCAGGGUGGCUGUGCUUCUUUGAAUGGGGUAAUAAAGCAAGCUUUUCUUUUGGUCCAACAGAGAUUGCUAGAUGAGAAAGUCGAUGUUGCAAUUGUAGUCCUCCUGGAUCCUCUUUUCCCCAAGCUCAAAUACCUGCAGAUGAGAAAGAGACUCUGCAGAAAGUCGGUUCUCUCCUGGCCUAAGAACCCUCGAGCCCAGCCUCUCUUCUGGAAUAACUUGCACAUUGCUUUAGCAUCUGACAUAGUGAGAUCCUAUAAUAAAAAGGUCACAGAAAGCUUCCUAUCUAAUGAUAUUCUCUAAAAGAGGCACCAAGAUGUGAUGUUUACCCUAAACAUAAUAAGAAAUUCAGAAGGCCUGUUCAUUUAACGUGUUUUGUUUAUUUUUAUACACUGAAUAUGUGAAAGCAAAACUACCUGCAAAAAUUAAUUUAAUUGUUUCUUUGAGACAUUACCGACAGCGAUUAUGUUUAUUAACAUCAAAGUGUAUGAGUGUCAAAGCUCAUCUGGGGGCAGGACUGCACUUUGUACCAGAUGCCAGUCCAUCGCAUGCCACCUAAAGGGAUGAUUUAUAGAGCCAGUCCACCUACUGGCUUGUGUGGUAUUUGGAUGAAAUCUAAUGAAAUGUGAUAUUUGGAUGAAAUCUACAUGAAGCAAAUUCAAAAUGCCUAAAACCAAAAAUUGUGAGGCUCCAUAACUACCUAUGUAUGUUAUGUAUGUUUCAUGAUUUUGUAAAAUGUUCUUGAACAUUGUCUGCUGCCUCCCUUUUUUCUUUUUAUAAUUAAUAUUGUUGGAUAAGCGGUAGAAAAGGAGUGAGCGAGUGAGUGAUUGAGUGAGUGAAUGAGUGAGUAAUUAAUAUUGGGCCUCAAUGAUACCAUAACUGUUUUUGCAUAUGCCUGGAAAGGGUUUGCCAGCUUUAUUGCAACAUCAUGUACUAUAAAUAUAAUAUAUGUAUAUUUGGAACUAAAAAGUGAUGAUAAAUCUGUAAUUUACAACUUUCUGUAUAUUCUAAAGCAUUCUUUUUAUUUUGAGUGUAUUUAAUCUUCUUUUUUUUAAAUAGGCUGAUCCUUCCUAUAAUUCUUUCUGUGGAUUAAUUUUUAAAGAAUAAAUCACAUGUAACAAUAUUAAUAAUUAACUCAUGUACAAUACAUAUGUACUAUUGUCAAGCUGGAUAUUAUCCACUAGGGGCGCUAUUAACAAUUAAAUAGCAAAGACAAUUGUUAUGUCUCUUGGAAUUGUUAUUUUGUAUCCGGAUUUGCUAUUUUGUUUUGCACUUCCCGGCCACCGUACAUUACCCAUUGGCUAGCUACCUAACUUUAAGUUCAGCUUACUAGGGUGUAUCACUUAUAUAAUUGCACGUUGCAUGUCAACUAGUCUCAUGUGAUGAUGAGUCACAAAUAAAUUAAGUGUCAUUUUUUACAUGAUAUACCCCCAGCACAAUCUAUAAAUUGCCUGAAUUUUUUGGAAAAAAAAUAAUAAAAUUUAAACAAACUUUUGGCAAAAAGCAUUUUCAGUAAUCAAAAGUAAUGUAAAUGUAAUUUCAAGGCUUGUGUAGGCAUCUACCCAUCAAUGUUGGUUAGUGUUGUUGAACCCCAGUUUAUAGUUAAUAGAUACAGAGCCUCACAAAUUGAAAUAGGUUGGGAAGUACUGAUCUAAAAUACAAAGAAGGAACAGGAAAUACCAUAAUUGUCAGAUUUUAUAGAUGUACAUUUUUAAAAAUGUAUUUAUUUAGAUUAAAUUCCAUUAAUAUGUUAAACAGUUGAGUCAAAGAUCAGUGGAAAUAUUUACUGACUGGCUACUUCUUAAAAAUAUGUGUACUUUUGUAAAGGAUUGUAUCUUUAUCAGUGACUACUAAUCUACUAAAAUUAUCCUAUUAUCUAAGCAAGAAUGGUAGCUAACUAGUAAAAUUAGCUAGUAACUGGUUACAGUUAGGCCUGAUUUGGUGGUGUUACCCUUGAACUGAAAAGAUCCAAAUUAGCUGUCUGAUAUAAUUAAGUAUUUAUUUAGUAUUUCAUUAUUUAUUUAGUAUUUACUAUUAUUUAUUAUUAUAUUUAUUAGACAGACUACAUAGAUGCUACUCUCCUCUUUAUGGGUGUUAUUUAGUGAUGUGAUGCCUUAGUAGGUUUAUGCUAUUGCUAACUGGAUGUCACUAUAUUCCUUCUCCAGUUUCUACAAGAUCCGGUAACAGUUCUUACAGUGGGUCAUGUCUGUCCAUUAGAAAAUUCCUGAGUUGAGUCCUAUUUCUCAUGGCACUUCAUCAUCCAUGAGAUUCUCACAACCUAUGACAGAUUUCUAGUUAUGUAUGCAACUGGGUUGUAUAUAUCCUGUAUAACCUUUAGGGUUCUUUAGUAUUGAGAACACAAGCUCAGUGUGUAUGAUUCAGGGAGAUAUGGUUGUAUAAUGAAGAUAUGUUUUCCAAUUGGCACUCAACACCACCAUAAUCAUAUGUUGUUGUUUUUUUUUGACACUUUAUGUCUUACUUUUACGUGUGCUGCUAGUCCUUCUGGAUUCUCCAACAUUUCACAGUGAUUAUCCUUUCAAACCAUGUCUCUCUCUUUGAAAUCACAGAUGUCUACUGCUCAGGCACCUCUCACAUUUGAGCUCACCUGCAGUAAGGCAGUUGGACUUGAUGAUGAAAACAUAAACUCAAUAGAAAUCAUUUUGCUUUUUGAAAUAUCUACAAUUAUUUUCUAAUAUGAUGGUGAGAUGCUUCCUCUGUAUGUACUCUGUAUUUUUUAUUGUUCACCAUAAACUAAUUUACUUUCUUA